UCUUUCGCGCAAACGAUAUACAACUCUGGGCAGGCGCACAUCUGACAUCUGGUCACACUUUGCCCUAAAUUUCUGGUUUAUUUUUGUGCACAAACUUUUGAAUGUCAGAACAGCCCAACAUGUGCUUUUCUCUGACCAUCGACCAAUUGUCCACUUGGCGCAAGCAGUUCUACAACGAACCACGGAAUCUUAUCGCCCAGAAUGUGUGCACGACCCACGAUCCUCUGAGGAUGUGCCUGCCUAUUUUGCCCACCGUGGUGGCGGGUCCGCCUAACAAGCAUGGAGUGGACUCGGAGGGAAAAACCACCAGCGGUGGCCCCGCCUGGAUCACCACGGGGCUUGACCUGCUGCGCCUGGAGUUUGCCAAGAGCUUCCCAUCGCUGCCGGUGGACUUCGAGUUCUCUGCGGGCUACCUGGUGUACUGGCACAAGCUGGAGCGAUGCAACUACUUGCUGCAUGCGGUGGCCGAUCAUCUGAUGCGCGGCGAGCCCGUGGAUGGGCGACAAUUUCGAUACUUGAUGAAGCAUGUCGUUCCGGAUGGCGGGAACUGGCAGAUGUUUGUGAAUCUGGUGAAGAAGUACGGCGUUAUACCCAAACAGUGCUACCAGACAACGGGGCGCACACGCCAGCUUAAUGUAAUCCUCAGGAGUAAGCUGCGUGAGUUUGUGAGCGUGCUGCACAAUCGUUUCAUAUUCGAUGGCGAUGGCAGCGCCCUGCCAACCCUCAUCGGGGAGAUGAUGCCCCAGCUGUAUAAAGUGAUCAAUAUCGUUUUGGGCGAACCGCCGCAGGAGUUCAAGUGGACGUACUACGACUCAAAGAAGCGUUACCAGUGCCUGGAGCCCUUGACCGGCUCCACCUUUUUCAAGGUACUGGUGAGCAAGGACUUCGACCUGGAUGAGAUGGUGUGCCUGGGCCACGAUCCGCGCCUGUCAUCCAGCUACUUGCACAACUACGAAGUGGCUCUCAGCUCGAACAUGGUGGGUGGUCAGUUGCAGCGGUACAACAAUCAGUCAAUGGACGUUCUAGUACCGAUCAUUGUGGGGUCGCUGGUUGGCGGCAAGGCUGUCUGGUUGGUCUAUGACCUGCUGGCGCACUCUUCAAAGAAAGCAUCUACUGACUUUCCGCUGCUCUUUGGCUUGGAGAUGUGCACAAUUCUCAACAAGGCAGAACGCAUGCUCUACAAGGAAACGCGCCAUAAUCGGGUGUUGCUGCUAACGGAAGUACGCCUGGAUGACGAGGAUAAGCCGCUGGAAUUCCGCACCAUUGCUCCGUCGACCUCGACCACGUUGUUUCCAAGCUCAUCCGCAGCAAAUCUCCGAGAGAUCAACCAUAGUGUGGAAGAGAAGGCCAAGAUUCCAAGGCCUAAGGCACCCUUUUGCAUUAAAACGGAUUGGAUGCGGGAAUACGCCUUCGAGAUUGUCGUACACUCGAGCUUUGUGCCGCCCGAUGUCCUGGGUGCCGCCACUAGGAAGGAGUGCAAAGAACUGCCCCCAUGGGAUAUCAUGGGAGCGUUCCUCGAUUGAUUAAUCCAUGUUUCAAUAAACCCCACAAUCACAUCAUA